AUGACGGUGCCGGUGCAGCGCAACUCGAUGGCCGUCCUGCAGCCGCCGCGGUCACGGUUCAUGAUCACCGACAUCCUGGCCGGCAGCCAGGACGUGGUGGUGGGGCCCCCGGGCCGCCCGACCGCCGGCAGUGGGCCGUCGCCGCCCGCCACCACCACCACGACGGCGGCGACGAUGGCGGGCCCCGGCAACGGGAGCGGUAGCACCAACGGUAGCGAGGGCCGCACCACACCGAGCCCCGGGCCGCGUGACCUCAGCGCCGCCGGCGGCGCCGGAGCGACCGUCGCCGGCGCUCACCACCACCUCCUCGACGAGCACGACCACGAACCGGACAGUGACAGUGACGACAGCUGCCCGAUGGACAGCUCCAGCGUGUGCAGUAACGGUGGCAAGGACGAGGAUGGCAACAGCAUCAAGAACGGGCUCGGGCUGAGCGGUACGCCCGGGUUGAGCAAAAAGCAGCGCAAGGCCCGGACCGCCUUCACCGACCACCAGCUGCAGACGCUCGAGAAGAGCUUCGAGCGGCAAAAGUAUCUCAGCGUGCAGGACCGGAUGGAGCUGGCGAACAAGCUCGGGCUGAGCGACACCCAGGUCAAAACGUGGUACCAAAACCGAAGAACCAAGUGGAAACGGCAGACCGCCGUCGGGCUGGAGCUGCUGGCCGAGGCGGGCAACUACGCGGCGUUCCAGCGGCUGUACGGGGGCCCCCCGUACAUCGGAGGCUGGCCGUACCCGACCCCGUCCGGGCCACCCGGGACGCCGCAGAGCGCGGUCGAUGCGUACUACCGGCACGCGGCAGCCGCCGCCGCCCUUCAGAAACCCCUGCCCUACCGGAUCUACCCGGGUGUGCCCGGGCUCGGCACGCUCAACACCAUCCCCGGCCCGAGCGGGCCCUUCCCGCACCUGUCCGCCUCCAGUUCGCUGUCGACGCUCAGCAGCUACUACCAGGCGAGCAGCGCCCAGCAGCAGCAGCAGCAGGCGGCAGCCGCCGCCGCCCAAGCGACAGGAGCCGGCGGCACCGGCGGCGGCGCGAGUAUCGGCGGUCUGCCCGCCCGCGAUGCCGGCACCCCCGGCAGUGGAGCAGGAGGCGGUGGUGGUGGUGCUACCGUCGGUGGGGGCGGCGGGAACCACUGCGGGUCGCUGGCCAGCAGCAACGCGUCUAGUAUAAGUAGUCAAGCCCGGCGAUCGCCCAGCCCCACGCUCAACCCCGGCAGCCCGCCCGGCCGCUCGGAGAGCCCGAACCCGCCCGACGACAGUGACGACGAGGAGGAGAACAUUCAGGUCUGA